AGGAACGGGGGGCAGCCAGCCUGGAGACACAGAAGAGGAUUUAUUUAUUAUUUCAUUCUAACACUUCACACACAGAUGCUGUCGGAGGGCAGACAGACGCCAGUGGCCGCUGUGCAGUGUCCCGGUGCAGAGGCGCACACAGAGCCGUGCCCGCGCAGCGCGCUGCUGGACCCCAGCCGGCGGCACCGGACAGCGUUCACGCGCGAGCAGCUGUCCCGGCUGGAGCAGGAGUACAACAAGGAGAGUUACGUGUCCCGACCCCGGCGCUGCGAGCUGGCCACCGCCCUGAACCUCCCGGAGACCACCAUCAAGGUGUGGUUCCAGAACAGGCGGAUGAAGGACAAAAGGCAGAGACACUCUUUGCCGUGGCCCCACCCUCUCGUUGACCCCCUGGGGGCGCUCCUAAUGGGCCGCGCCUCCUCUUCCUCUUCCCUGCCGUACCCCUUCAUCCCACACCACCUCCCUCACCUCCCCCUCCCCAACCACUACCCCCUGGCUCUCUCCUCACCUGCACCGUCAGCUCACAGUCGCUACAAUGCGCCCAUGAGGACCCUGGACUCAUUCCGCCUCUGCCAGUUCCACAACAGAGCGGGGGGGCUGCCUCCAACCACAGCGGCCCUGUACCCCUCCAGCAGCCUGAUGCACCAUCCUGUGUCAUGCCCCUGCCUUCUAUGCAUGCACUGGGGACCAGAACACCUGCUGAAAGCCAGAGGGGAGGCGCUGGGACUGAACCGACCCCAGAGUCCCAAGGUCCAGCCUGCAGGUCUUGAGCGGAGAGAAGAGAUGGUGUGA